AACAGUUUCAAUCACCAACUAAUUCAAAAUGUUUUUGAAUUAUGAAGAAUGUUCUUGACAGCAAAUCCGCCGUCGGAGUUUUUAUAUAUAUAUAUAUAGAAAUUGUCAAAAGGAACAACGAGCCACAGAUCUACAGAUUUUGCGAUUCUCUCUCCAGGGAGGAGGAAUUGGGAAUUUGAAUUGAGAAGAUGAAGAACUCUGUUUCGGAUCGUAGUUUUUACAUUGAAAGCUCUGAUGAUGAAGAUUUGGAGAAGGAAAUCGAUAAUGACGAUGGAAACGAAUCCGAUUCUUCGGGUUCAUCGGCGGAUAAUCAGAAUCAUAACCAACCAAGUUCUUAUACUACUGCCGCUUGGCCUCAAAGUUACAGGCAAUCAAUUGAUAUGUUGGGAAGUGUACAUUCACCAAGCAUUGGGUUAUUAGGAACUUCAUCAUUAGCAAGAUUUGGAAGCUCAUUUCUUUCUUCAUCGUUGACAAGAAGAUUCACUCCUGAAGCCUUCUCUUCUUCCAUUUCUAAACCUCUUCUUCCCACGGUAAUUGACGAUCCCCAUAAACAUGCCCCUCCUCAUUCUCCUCUCGGCCCCCCACUUCCUUCCCGCCGCUCUUCCAUUUCCAUCCGAAGAGAUGACAAAGACAAGCCCGUCGUCAUUGAUUCUCAUGGCCUCCCCGUUUCUCGCCAUAGUACCUUCGGCCAAGCUGUUGUUAAUGGGAUCAAUGUGCUAUGUGGAGUGGGAAUACUGUCAACACCAUAUGCAAUGAAAGAAGGAGGAUGGUUGGGGUUAUCAAUAUUGAUGAUAUUUGCAGUACUUUCUUUCUACACUGGAAUUCUUUUGAGAGCUUGUUUGGAUAGCAGACCUGGCCUUGAAACUUACCCUGAUAUUGGCCAAGCUGCUUUUGGUGCCAUGGGUCGUGUCAUCAUCUCGAUCGUAUUAUACGUGGAAUUAUACGCUUCUUGUAUUGAGUAUGUAAUUCUGGAGAGCGACAAUUUGUCUUCAUUGUUUCCCCGUGCGCACAUUAGUUUUGGCGGAUUGGAAAUAAAUGCACACCUUUUAUUCGCUAUAGCAACUGCGCUUGCUGUUCUUCCAACCGUUUAUCUUCGAGAUCUCAGUAUUUUAAGUUAUAUCUCUGCGGGUGGAGUUGUUGCAUCAAUCGUGGUUGUUUUAUGCUUGUUCUGGGUUGGGUUGGUAGAUGAUGUUGGUUUCCACGGCAAUGUGACUCCACUGAACCUCUCGAGUCUCCCAGUUGCUCUGGGUCUGUACGGUUUCUGCUACUCAGGACAUGCUGUAUUUCCCAAUAUCUAUAGCUCAAUGGGUAAACAAAGCCAAUUCCCCGCAGUCCUUUUAACAUGUUUUGGUAUUUGUACUUUGUUGUAUGCUGGAGUCGCUGUUAUGGGAUACUUAAUGUUUGGAGAGUCGACAUUAUCCCAGUACACUCUUAACCUGCCCCAGGAUUUGGUUGCUUCAAAGAUCGCUGUGUGGACUACGGUUGUCAACCCCUUUACCAAAUAUGCAUUAACAAUAUCUCCAGUUGCAAUGAGUCUGGAGGAGUUCAUACCACCAAAUCAUCCCAAAUCUCAUUUUUAUUCCAUCCUAAUUAGAACCGGUCUUGUAAUUUCUACCUUACUAGUCGGCCUUUCUGUCCCCUUUUUUGGUCUUAUGAUGUCAUUGAUUGGAUCAUUGCUAACAAUGCUUGUGGCUUUAAUACUCCCUUGUGUUUGCUACCUGAGCAUCUUGAGGGGGAAGGUAACAUUUUUGCAGAGAGUCCUUUGUUGCAUAGUUAUAGCAGUAGGAGUUGUUGCAUCUGCAAUUGGAUCAUUUUCAGCUAUCAAAAAAAUCAUUGAGGAAUUGAGCGGCUGAAGAUUUUGUCAUCCCAAACCCCAAGAGACGGUGGUUAUGCAGCAUAGAUUUGGUAGAUUUUGUGUACUUUUCUUUCAUAAUGUAUAUUGAAUUAUAGAGAAACUAUAGAAUAUCAUGUUUACCCAUGAAACGUAAGCGAGUUAAAUUUGUUGAUUCUCAUCCCCCUUGUGAUGCCGCUACGUUGGUUUAUUUUGAUAAGUUGUUCCUUCACUAGAAAUUUAGUCGAUCAAAAACCAUUUUGUUUUAUUCAUGGAAUUUUAUUCUUUGUUCUUCA